AUGACAAACCUCAUAAAUUUCAGAUAUCAGCCGAUUUCUAGUAGCAGUAUUUAGGUAUAUGAAAAUAGUUAAAUAAAUUAUUAAUUCCACCUAAAUCUUAUAAAAUAUCAAAUGAAACAGUAAACCAAUAUUGAAACCAGUUUCUAUUGAUUGGUCGUCGUUGGCUAUCCUGUGAUCAAAAUUCAAAUUAAACAGUGCACUUUCAUUAUAAAUAGAAAUAGAUAUUCCUAACCUCAAAGAUAUUUUUACAAUAUAAACGAUUCAAUCAAAUUUGGAGUAUUUGUGUAAGAGUAACUGGCGAACGAAAUGCUGUUCUAAAUAACGACCUAUGUUACAAAAUCUCCCAGAUUUGUAAGAUGGAAGACGAAAUAGAUGACAAAAUAUUUUACCAAACAUAUGUUUCCCACAUGAAAAUAAUGUCUCGAAUAGCAUGGAGUAUCCCUUUAAAAUUAUCUCAUAUCACAUUCACAUCCCACAUUUGGAAACUGUUGAAAAUAUAUGUAUUGAAACCGGAAUUCAUCAUUUUUGGAGCUUUGGUGUUAUUUGUGUUAAUUUAUAUCCAAGCUGUAGAUGAAUGGAGUCGUAAUUUAUUAAGUAGAUUCCAGUCUAACAUUGGAAGAUCAGCAACCAGAUCCAAAAUUGAACGGCUCAAUUUCUUCAGUAACACAGAUGUGGAAAAGUCCAGCUGGCAAAUGAAAGUAGGUGCAGUUGCUGCUUAUGCUGUACAGGGAAGGAGACCAAAAAUGGAAGAUAGGUUUGUUAUAAAUGAUAAUAUAAAUAAUACAGGGGUUGCUUUAUUUGCUGUAUUUGAUGGUCAUGGGGGAGAAUUUGCUGCUAACUAUGCCAAAGAAAAACUUACUCAAAAUUUACUUGAUAAAGUUAUUGAAAUAAAAGAUAUAAUAUCAGGUCAGCCAAUAAAAAAGGAAUCAAAAGAAAUUGAGGAAGUAGAGAAAAUGGAUCCUGAAAAACCUAUCACUCCUAUCCAACGUAGAAAAAGUUUUCGCAGAAUCAGUUCAACUACUGAUGAAUGUAAAGGAGUCAAGGAAAUAACUGAUGUUCAGCUACUAUCAAAAAUAGAUAGUAUUCAGCCAAUUAGUAAAAGCUCAAAACCGUUGAAAACAACCCCCAGCUUCAAAAAAGUUCCUGUUACCAAUUAUUUUGAUAAAUUUGGUACUGUGAAUUAUGAAAAGUUAUUAACUGAUGAAGUUUUAGCUGCAGAUGAAACUUUAGUAGAAAUUGCAAAAAAAAGUUUUGAUGUUGCAGGAACCACAGCUUUAAUAGCUAUUCUUGAAGGGACUAGACUAAUUGUAGCAAAUGUUGGGGACUCGAGAGGAGUAAUGUGUGAUGCAAAAGGCAAUGCUAUUCCAUUAUCAUUUGAUCACAAACCUCAACAGAUGAGAGAACGAAAAAGAAUCAAAGCUGCUGGGGGUUUUGUUACCUUCAAUGGAGUUUGGCGAGUAGCUGGAAUAUUAGCUACCAGUAGAGCUCUAGGAGAUUACCCACUAAAAGAUAAAAAAUUGGUAAUUGCUGAUCCAGAUAUUCUAACUUUUGAUUUGAAAGAUCACAAGCCCUCUUUUAUAGUAUUAGCAUCUGAUGGAUUAUGGGACACAUUUACAAAUGAAGAAGCGAUCAAUUUUGUUAAAGAAAGAUUAAAUGAACCUGAUUAUGGUGCUAAAAGUUUAACUUUACAAUCAUACUAUAGGGGCUCAUUAGAUAACAUAACUGUCGUAAUCAUCAAUUUCAAAGAUAAUAUUUUUAGCAAGUAUACAGCUACAGCAUGAUCAUAAAACUGAAGAAACCAUUUUAUUGGAGAAUGAAUAAAUUAACACCUAAAGAAUUUUGAAUAAUACUUCCAAUACUCAAUAUAUUUUUGAAAAUGUU